UUUGCUAGCUUUUCCUUCCUUCGCCUUUGACCCUCACACAGCCAAGGAUACCAAAGGUACUAUUUUGACUCCAACCAUAUUCACUCCCACUCUUACAUCGUCCAUCUCGUUAUCGACAUGCUUGCGCCCCCGGCCUCUUCAAGAUAGACUUGUCAUGUUCGGAUCGACUUCAUUGUCUGCGUACCAUGCCUCCCGCCAUCAAACGCAAGACGUUCUCGGCCAAAUUUUGGAAAAUAUUUGAUGAUCUGGAUGACUCUGGAUUAUUGGAGGAGACUGACGAGGAGAGGAGAGAGUAUGAUGAGGCAGUAAGAAAUGAGAUUGGUUGGAAAAUACAACCAAUAUCCAAGUCCGAGGUGCCCACUAGAGUUGACCACGCCACCGAUGCUUUAAUGGACGACAACCAUUUUAUUGAAUACGAUACGUGCUCAAUUCCGGUACCUUCUACAGACGCAUCAAUCAAUGUUGCACCGGCCGCGCGCGCUUUCCCUUUCACCGAGUCUCAGCCGCCCCCCUCGUUCCAUCCGUCACUGAUGGGGAAGAUGUCUACUCCUCGAGCCCAUAGACGAAUACGCCAAGAAUCUAUAGAAAGCGUGUCAGAUGAGAUCUGUCAGUCUGAGCAAGAUCAAUCCUCCAAAUGUCCCGUCAUCUGUGCUGAAGAAGGUGGCAUCGGUCACCUGUCAUCCAGUGAAGGACCUCCAAAAUCAAAGAAUGAAGCCCGAAUGGACUUUGAGCUGCCUAAUCAUAAUGAUUUCCGUAAUAAUUCCGCUCCAUUGGCUCCUAUUAUAACUUCUGUUCCGGUAACCACUUCAUCAACAACUCCUCUGCCUUCAUUUCGCCAAUCUCAAUUUGGGGAAGUAUCGACUCCUCAUGCCGCGAAUGUGACCUUUCCUAACGUUCCAACGCCGAAUUUUGAUGAAUAUACGCCUGCAGGCCCCUCAACAAGGCCGGUAGCAAUCAACAAUUGCAAGCAUACUCCAAAGACGGCAUCCCCACGACGACGUGCUCAUACUAUCGACACACCUGAAUACAUACCUUCACCUGUUGACACGCCGGAUACUUCGCGUCCUGUAAUAGGUGCAUUUGGACGAAGUCCUCGCGAUGAUCCAGCCACACCAGGUCCAUUAAAAUUACUGCCCUUGAAGGGUGAAACAAACAAGAGAUUUCAAAACGUCAGCAAACAUUUUCAGGUCUUUGUGGCGAAGAAAGACAAUGGUCCUGUAGGCGGAAAGAAAGGAGGAAAAGAGAAGGGAAAAAAAAAACAGCCCAUGGCAAAGAGUAAGUCGCUUUCCGGCCUCGGUCUCGGGGGAGGUGUUCUCCGAGGGCUGCGCAUUUGUCUUCCUCCAGGGGACAAACCGAUGUCUAUCCAACAAGAGGCGUGGGACCACAUUAUAGAGCUCGGCGGUACCGUCGUCCUCUACCCUGAUAAAGCAACUACACAUGUCAUUUACGACAGCGAUAACAGAACGAAAGCCAAACUUGCCAAACUUCUUCGUCUUCAAUCCCUGGACGAACUGCCGGUAGGGACGGAAUGCGUAAUAUGGGAAUGGAUAUCUGAAAGUAAACUCAAUGGUGUCUUACUACCAGUUGAAAAUUUCCGCAGCUUCCGCGUAGAUUCAUUAUUCUCUAGGGUGAUGUCUACUGGUAGCCUCGAUCAACGUAACCCCAGAUUGGCUGGUAUGGCCAAUCAAAGACUAACCCGGCGCGCAGUGGAAUCGGAAACCGAGUCUGAAGAGUCACUGCCGAAGAAAAUUCGACUUCAAGCCAGUGUUGCUCGAUUUUACAGCAAUAAUCCUCUACGCAGUGCUGCUGUUCUACCUACAGCAGGACCUUCAAUACUCAGAGAUUCUGUUCCUCAUCAUGCCGUCGAAACUGAGCAUACUGCUUCCAAAGGCUCAGGAUGGAAAAAGGGCGAGGAAGAUCAGAGAGAUGCUUUAGACGAGAUGAUUGAAGGGGUAAAGGAUGGAAGCCUGCCUGAAGAUGAGUUACUGGACGAUGAUCAGACCGCUGAUCCACCAAGCGAUGAUCGUGCUAUGGAGAACGAAGCCAACUCAACUGCAAGAUUCAGUAAGGGCGGACAAGAGAAGAGUAGAAAGAGCGAGAAGGGGCCCAACGAAUGGUUAGCCGAGAAAUUCGACCAAUUACAUGACUUGUACGAGGGUCAGGUGGGGAAGAAUCCGCAUUCAAUUAGACAGUACCGCAAUGCUGCUGCUGCUAUGAGACGCACCACGUUUCCUAUCACGAGCGGCGCGCAAGCACGUGAAAUCAACGGCAUUGGCGAAGCUCUAGCUGAAAGGAUCAAUGAGUUCAUAUCUGGAGUACCUGGUCGCACCUUCUAUGAAGAUAAUGAGCAUGCUCGAUGUGUGGCCUUAUUCAAAGAUAUAUACGGCGUCGGUCGACAAUACGCUAAUGAACUCUAUCGGAUGGGCGCUCGCACCAUAACUGAUCUUCGCACCGGUCGUUUUCCCCUUUCAACCGGCCAACAGAUAGGUCUCGCCCUAUAUGAAGAUCUCAGAUCCCGAAUACCUCGUGAAGAGUGUAAGCAAAUCUAUGAGCUCAUAAAAUUGGAAGCCAAGACUGUGGACGAGAAGUUGUGGGUGGAGAUUAUGGGCAGUUAUAGGCGAGGAUCAGAAACAAGCGGCGAUGUCGAUAUCCUUAUCACAAGGGACGACGCUGAUGGUAAGUCUCACAAGGGAGCAAUCAAGAAAUUAGUGGACAAGUUGAAGGCCAAGGGAGUAAUCACUCACGAGCUGAGUGCGCCUCAUGAUUGGAAUGCAUUGGAGGCGAAGUGGAUGGGGGUAGGAAGGGUAGGGCAGAGCGCCAUGUAUAGACGUAUCGAUAUACUAUGUGUGCCAUAUGAGUCUUGGGGAGCCUCUUUGAUUUAUUUCACUGGUAAUGAACUUUUCAAUCGUUCGCUGCGAUUAUAUGCAAGGAGAUUGGGGUAUAACCUAAAUCAGCGAGGUCUAUAUCGUAAUGUGGUCAGAGCUAGAGAUGGAACUAAAGUAUUGGAAGGUGACCGCGUAGCAUCAAGGACAGAAGAAGGGAUCUUCCAGGAGCUGGGGUUGAGAUGGAGGCAUCCUCAUCAUCGUAGACCUUAAUUGUUGUGAAAUAUUUAUGUUGUAAUCAUGACAUUGAAUCAAUUCAGCAUCCUAUUGUUGAAUAUGGCUAUAUGCGAUUCAUGCAUCGAUGU